GCCUCUUUGCUGUGUCGGAACGUCUGCUCCAGGCACUCUCCUGCAGACGGCCAUGUUUCCGGACGGAUUAGUUUGUAUGUAGCACAGCGGCGGGCGGAGCGCUAUCCCGGGGACUCUGCUGCGGCUGUCAAGGUCCGAGCUCCGGUUGAUGAUGGCGACGGCGGAGGAGGGCGGAUGGACCUACCAAUGACCGUCCGCAAGAUCGCCUCGAUCUGCACCAUGGGCACCAAUGCCUCAACAUUGGAAAAAGAGAUUGGCCCGGAGCAAUUUCCCGUAAAUGAACAUUACUUUGGUUUGGUCAAUUUUGGCAACACCUGCUACUGCAACUCUGUCCUACAAGCACUUUAUUUUUGUCGCCCGUUUCGGGAGAAAGUUCUGGCAUACAAGGUCCAGCCACGGAAGAAGGAAAGCUUGCUCACAUGUUUGGCAGACCUUUUUAACAGCAUUGCCACGCAAAAGAAGAAAGUGGGGGUUAUACCACCCAAGAAAUUCAUCUCCAGACUGAGGAAAGAGAAUGAAUUGUUCGACAACUACAUGCAACAGGAUGCUCAUGAAUUUCUAAACUACCUUCUAAACACUAUUGCUGACCUGCUGCAAGAGGAGAAGAAACAGGAGACCCAGAAUGGCAAGCUGCAGAAUGGGAGUUUGGAGCUCCAGGAACCUGAUAAGCCUGACCUCACCUGGGUUCACGAGAUCUUCCAGGGAACUCUAACCAAUGAAACCAGAUGUCUUAACUGUGAAACUGUUAGUAGCAAAGAUGAAGAUUUCUUGGAUCUCUCUGUGGAUGUGGAACAAAAUACUUCCAUUACACACUGCUUAAGGGGGUUCAGUAACACAGAAACACUAUGCAGUGAAUACAAGUAUUACUGUGAGCAGUGUCGAAGCAAACAGGAAGGACAGAAAAGGAUGAGAGUAAAGAAGUUGCCUAUGAUCUUAGCCUUGCACUUGAAAAGGUUUAAAUACAUGGACCAGCUGCACCGAUAUACCAAACUUUCCUAUCGCGUGGUAUUUCCAUUGGAGCUUCGGCUUUUCAACACUUCCGGGGAUGCCACCAAUCCAGAACGAAUGUAUGACCUGGUAGCUGUGGUAGUCCACUGUGGCAGUGGGCCAAACCGCGGACACUACAUCACCAUUGUAAAGAGUCAUGGGUUCUGGCUGCUGUUUGAUGACGACAUUGUAGAGAAAAUUGAUGCCCAAGCCAUUGAAGAGUUCUACGGUUUAACAUCAGACAUUUCCAAAAAUUCUGAAUCGGGAUAUAUCCUGUUUUACCAAUCCAGAGACUGAUCACCAUGAUGGGAAAGCAUAGUCCUUAAGAAGAAGGGUAAACUUGUGGACAAGUGAAGAGGAUAUUUGAGAACAGUGUAACUGCCACCUCAGAUACCCACUUUCCAGUAAUUAGAAGAAUAAUUUUCCUUCUAACUCCUCCGGACCUUCGGAUAGCCAUACAAGUCAGAUCUUCAGUAAAUCUUCUAAUAGGUGCAGGCUUUUCCCAUCACCCCAAAGCGUCAGAACCUUCCAAAUGUAGACUGAGAAAGGACUUGGUUGGCACUACCAUGUAAUCGUUCUUGGAUAUGGCAAGCCUAAUCAUCGAGAAUAACAAUUCACUUAGACCAUUGCAGUGAUGAUAGCACUUUUUAAAACAGGACAGCUGCAGUUUGGUGCUCAAUACAUUCACAAUCAGAGGGUAUACAUUUUAGAAAAUGCAAUAUAUUCCAAACAAUCCUGUUAUUGUUUCAUAUCACUUUAAAUGCAUCUGUUUCCGCUCCAUCCUCUGUGAUUCCUUCUUCCAUAUGUUUGCUGUAACACUCCUUGUAGUGAGUGUUGAGAAGCUGCUGUUCUGCACACUAAAUAAUGGGAUCACUAAUUAUUUUCCUUAUUUUUGUUAUUUAAUUUUUUUUUCAAUAUAUAUUUGUAAUUUAGCACCUUUUUGUGACUUAAGUCAUCCUCUUAAGAAUUGCUGCAUAAUUGGACAUAAACUGUAAGGCUGCAAAGAUUUCAAGCAUUUCUUUGAGCACAAGUGAAUUUAUCAGGGGCAGAAAGUUGUCUAAACGUAAUUUACUCCAUGAUUUUAUUCAGUUGUGUUGAUAUAAACUUGUCCUUAAAAGUCUCAGUUGAUGGGUAAGGCAAGACGUUCCAGAUCUUUACAGGUUUUGCAGCCUCAGUCUAUAAAUUACAAGGCAAGGGCACUGACAACAGGCUCAAACCAUCAAAGCCUAUAAAUAAAGUGGUUUACUUGUCUAUCAUGAUGUAGGGUUUAAAAUGUGGACAUCUUGAAUGUUUCUCUUUU